AUGGCCAUCCAGAAAAAGUAUGGCAAAGGCCGUUUGGAUAAAUGGUAUAAGCUGGCGAAGGAGAAGGGUUACAGAGCUCGUGCUGCCUUCAAGUUGAUCCAGCUUAAUAAGAAGUAUGGCUUCCUAGAGAAGAGCAAAGUACUCCUUGAUCUUUGUGCUGCCCCCGGAUCUUGGUGUCAAGUUGCUGCGGAAUGCAUGCCCUCGCAGUCUCUCAUCGUCGGUGUCGACCUCGCCCCGAUUAAACCAAUUCCCAAAGUCAUUACUUUCCAGAGCGACAUUACAACAGACAAGUGCCGGGCCACAAUUAGACAACAUUUCAAGUCUUGGAAGGCAGACACUGUCCUCCAUGACGGUGCGCCAAACGUUGGUGUCGCUUGGGUGCAAGAUGCUUUCUCACAGGCAGAGCUGGUGCUUCAGUCUUUAAAGUUGGCGACCGAAUUUUUGGCCCCAGGAGGAACAUUUGUUACCAAGGUGUUCAGAUCGAAAGAUUACAAUCCCCUGCUGUGGGUAUUUAAACAGCUAUUUACGAGUGUGAAGGCCACAAAGCCCCCUUCCUCGCGAAAUGUUUCUGCUGAAAUUUUCGUCGUCUGCUUGGGUUUCAAGGCUCCAAAACACAUCGACCCGAGGUUCCUUGAUGCGAAACAUGUCUUCGCUGAAUUACAGGACCCUACUCCAAAUUACGAAGCAAAAGUGUUUAAUCCGGAGAAAAAGAAGCGGAAGAGAGACGGUUAUGAGGAAGGAAAUUACAUACAAUUCAAAGAAAUCCCCGUCAGCGAGUUCAUAAACACUACCGAUCCAAUCUCCAUUUUGGGAGAAUACAACAAAUUGAGUUUUGAACAGUCUACAGGUGCAGAUCUUGCUUUGGCAACCCUCAAGCGGCUUCCCGAAACAACGAAGGAAAUUCAAUUAUGUUGCGAGGAUCUCAAAGUUCUAGGAAAGAAAGAGUUUCGUAAUCUAUUGAGAUGGCGAAUAAAGGUACGGGAAAAGUUUGGCUUAGCCGUGAAGAAAGGGUCUAGUAAAGCAGUCGAGAGCGAAGAGGUGGCUGAGGUAGAGCCAAUGGAUGAGGAGCUGGCACUUCAGGAGGAUCUCCGUCACUUGCGCGAGAAAGAGACAUCGAGGAAAAAGAGAGAACGACGCAAGGAAAAUGAGCGGAAGCAAAAAGAAAUAGUUCGCAUGCAAAUGCACAUGACAACCCCCAUGGACAUUGGUACCGAACAAUCUGGACCGUUCGGAGAAGGGCAAAUGUUUUCUCUCAAGCCCAUCAACAGGACUGGUGCAGUAGCAAACAUAACCAGUGGUAAAAUGGUUAAUGUUGAAAGUGAGGACGAAGAGGAAUCAGCGACCAUCGAUGAAGAGUCCGAUGAAGAGGAGGACCGUUUAGAGCGUGAGUUAGAUGCUAUGUAUGAAAGAUAUCAAGCUAAUCGGGAGGAGCGAGAUGCAAAACUGCGUGCUAAAAAAGCCCGCAAGGACUUUGAAGCAGAGGAGUGGGAAGGGAUAUCCGAUUUCGAGAAAGAAGGCGAUGAGGAGACAGAUAAUGAUGCUCCUAGAUUGGUCCCACGACCAAGCGUUGAUAGCAAAGGCUUGUCCAACAAGGCCGCAAUGUUUUUCGAUCAAGAUAUAUUUCAGGGAUUAGGAGACCUAGGUGAAGAGGACGAUGAGCAGGAUGAUGGCGAGGGCCACCAAGAUGGAGAUGACAUUGCGGCUCCCGAGCAAGAUAACAUUGAAUCAGAUGAAGGGGAUUAUUCCGAUGCUUCAGAGAGCAGCGAUGAUAUUCCCACAACCCAAGAAAAGCCCAAGCUCAACAAUAAACAAACCGAGAAAAGGGGUUCCAAACAUGAAAAGGCCACGAAAGACAACAAUAUCUCCCCUGAUUUUGAAGGAGAGAAACAAGAUCCUCGGAAGAAAAAUGGACAACUUGGUGAGCUCUCUUCCCCAGACCUGUACCAAGUAUUGAAAAAGUUUAAUACUAACUAUCCCCUCCAAGAUAUCGACAUAAUAACAGCUGAAGCUAUGACCCUCGCCCAACAAAUCGUUACUGGCGAAAAAACAUCCCAUGAUGUCGUCGACGACGGCUUCAACAAAUUCACCUUCCGCGACACCUAUGGGCUCCCGGAAUGGUUCCUGGACGAUGAGAGCAAGCACUCCAAACCACAACAACCCAUAACUGCCGCUGCAGCGGCCGCAAUCCGCGAAAAGCUUCGCGCCAUAAACGCACGCCCCAUCAAGAAGGUGCAGGAAGCCAAGGGUCGCAAGAAAUUCAAGGCUGCGAAGCGGUUGGAGAAACUGCGCAAGAAAUCUGCACUGCUAGCUGAAGACGAGGCUAUGAGUGAAAAGGAUAAGGCGCAGACGAUCGCGCGGAUGAUGAGUCGGGCGAUGAAGAAGAAGCCAAAGCAGAGUGUGAAGCUUGUUGUGGCCAAGGGAUCUAACAAGGGUAUUGCUGGUAGGCCAAAAGGCGUGAAGGGGAGGUAUAAGAUUGUCGAUGCGAGAAUGAAGAAGGAUGUUAGAGCGGAGAAGAGGCUGGCGAAGAAGAAGAAGAAGAAACAUUGA